AGAAAUUUUAAAUGCCAGAAGAACAAAGUCAAACUAUAAUGGCAGUUGAUGAACUUCAAGCCAUAAUACAGAGAUGCCAAAUUCUGGAAGAAGCUGAUUUCAGGGGAGAAGAUUUUAAUCUGUUUCAGGUAGCAGGCCAGAAGUGUUUAGAAGAUGGAUAUGCAGCUCAGUUAUUAGAAGUAGUUCAAAAUGAGAAAAAUAAGGUUAUCAUCAAGAAUAUGGGUUGGAAUCUCAUUUGUCCUCUAGUUAGAUGUAUUUUAGUGUAUAAACAGGAAGAUGAUAAGAGGGAACACUGCCUGAAGAUACUGGAUCAGUUGGUACAGCUAUGUAAUCCAAAGGAACUUUUUUUGGGUUUACUUGAGCAGAUUGAGCAGACCUCUGGAGAGCAAGUAUGCCAAACUGUCAUGUUGUUACUUCAACCUUUGCAGACAGUGCUUUUCAAACUUCAGAACAAGAAGGCCUACUCAGUGGGCUUAUCUUUGGCCGUGAUUAUGAAUCAGCUUGCUCCAUUGCCUGUACCUUACACAAAACAACAAAUACAAGAAGAUAAACUGGGUCUCUGUCAAUGUUGUAAUGCUGUUGUGGACUUUGUUAAGCCUUUUGUGAAUGAAGUGGUUAAAAACAUGGAAAAAUCAUCAGAAUGCAAUGACAUGGAGCUGAAGGAAGAAUUACUAAAGUUCUGUAUGAAAAGCCUGAAAUACCCCUUGUUAACAGCUCGACUUGAACAACUUGAAAGCGUUGAAGAACAUCCCUUUAGGCGUUUUGCAACUGAAAUUAUAGACAUUUUAUGGAAUAUGAGAGAAUUGAUACCAUUAGUGUUUUUACAUCAUAAAGGCAGAAAUCUGUCCUGGGAGAACGAGGAGUUUGCGGAUGUAGAGCGAAAGGAUUCUGCGGAUUCUUUGGCAUGUCUGUCGUAUCUGAUGUUUGUUCAGUAUUUUGGUAUGGAUUACUUUCCUGUGGUAGUUAGUCCGUCAUACCUGCUGCAAUGCAAUAUGACACACAUCGAAGUCCUACUGAAAAGAACAGAAGAAUCUGUGUUAUCUAAAGGACUUGAUCUGUUUGAGAGCUCUUUAUUGAGAAUGGAAGACAAUAGCCUUCUCCAUCAGUAUUUAGAAUUCAGCAAUUUUAUUACUGUACCUCAGAAUUUGGUGAAAGUUAUGACCCUUUGUCCCAUAGAGCAUCUGAGGAAGAAGAGUUUAAGUAUUUUGCAGUUGUUCAUAGACAAGUUUGAUGCAGAGGGAAAAUAUACCUUAUUCAGGUGUUUACUGAAGACAAGCAACCAUGCUGGUGUGGAAGGAUACAUUAUUCAAAAUAUAAAAGAUCAGAUUCACUUAUCAUUAACGAAGGUACAUGACAAUAGCUGGUUUACAGGACAUCACCUCAUCUCCCUUCUAGAUUUAGUGCUUUUGCUUCCUGAAGGUGCUGAGACAGAUCUUCUGCAAAAUUCAGACAGAAUUAUGGCAUCACUAAAUCUACUGAGAUACUUAAUCAUUAAGGAUAGUGAAUACGAUAAUCAAUCUGGUGUAUGGACCUUGCUUGCCAAGAUCGAGCAAAAUUUUUUAAAACCACUGCAUGUAGGACUCAAUAUGUCGAAAGCACACUAUGAAGCAGAAAUAAAGAAUAAGAAAGAAAACAGAAGAGAGGCACACAAUUCUAACAGAGUCUGUUCUGUAACUGUUAGUGGGGAAAAGAUGCCUGCCAUGACUACUGAAAUGCAGCUUCAGGUUUUACACUCCGCUCUCUUCACAUUUGAUUUAAUAGAAAGUGUUCUAGCACGAGUAGAAGAACUCAUUGAAGUGAAAAUAAAAGCUGGGACAGAUGAAAAUGUUCGGCUCAGCUGAAACAUUUGAAUGAACAUGCUUAUUGCAAGUUGAUUCUAGCUAUUAUAUUUUACUUGAAAAGGAGGCUACCAGUCUUUAAAGAAGAGUAAUUUAGAAUGGCUUCUAGAAGAAUUGCAAAUCUUGUUCUUCACAUGUCUUUUUGCUCUGUUUUGUUUUCUUUUUUUUUUUUCUUUUUACUGUUGUUGUAUGUGAUUCACAGAUAUGGCCUAUUUACUUAAAAUACUCUUCUUCAGUUUGACACUUUUUCUAAAGUUUAGAAACUACAUCUACUUAACAAGAUGUUGUUGUUGUUAUCCUGUGGCAAGGAGGCACAGCUGUGCAUUUAUUUUUCUGUUCAUGUUUUCAAAACUUGUUACGUAAUACUUGCUGACUCAAGUUCUGAAUUAUGAAGAUUUUUAUAAAGUACUUGGAGAACCAUGAAUUAAAAAAGCAUUGUGUAAAUGCUAGCUAUUUUCGUUAGUACUUGUUAAUAUCAACAAACAAACUUCUGUAUUAUCAAAUGAGACUGUACAUCUCUUGCUAUAAAUUACAGUAGAGAGACAAUGGUGAGUGAAACCAGGUUUAAAGAAAAGCAAACAUCAAUCUUGAGCUAAAUAAGAUGCUAAAACAUAAUAGCACAGCAAAUGAAA